AUGGCUGCGCGACCUUCCCCUCCCAAGCCCCAUGAAUUGCGUACGGGAGGCCUCACAACGGGAGGCGCCACCGCCACAGCGGGCGCUGGUGUAUCGCGAAUGACAGAAUUUGAUCGUGCGAGGGCGGCCACUGGCGGGGGAAUGUACGGAGGCGGUGGCAUGCUGGGUUCGGGCGGGUACGGCGGGAGCACCUACGGAAGCAGCUACGGCGGCGGCUACGGUGGUGGUGGCAUGUACGGCAGCAGCUACGGAGGCGCGUACGGAGCGUCGCGCUACGGGGGCGGCUAUGGCGGCUACGGCGGUUCUUCGAGCUAUGGGAGCGGCUACGGGGGCGCGUACGGGUCGUCGCGCUACGGUUCUUCGCGCUACGGAGGCGGCUACGGGGCGUCGUCGAUGUACGGCAGCAGCUACGGCGGCGGCGGCGGCUACGGCGCCUACAACCGAGGGCCGCUCGGGGCUGGACCGCGCGGCCCGGGCGAGGGCGGCCCCGGGGUGGUGACGUGGAUCGACCAGUUCUCGCAAGUGGUGGACACAUUCGGGCGCUUCGCGCACCUGCUCGACAUGAACUGCGACGCCCUCUACGGCUCCUUCUCGUCAGUGCUGCGGCUGUUUGAGUCCAUGUCGGAGCUGCGUCGCGAGCUGCUCUUCAUCUUCCAGACGGUGACGCUCUACCGCCUGCUCAAGUCCGUUCUCGGGCGCGUCGGGUCCGUGGGCAGGUUCAUCACGGGUGGCUCCACCGCCUCGGUCGUGUCAUCUUCUUCGACGUCGGGCCUCGAUCUCGACUCCUUCCAGCACUUUCAGGGCAAGGACCAGGCGGCUCCUCGCAGCGGCCGCCGCUUCUGGCCGUUCCUCCUCUUCCUCAUCAGCGCCAUCGGCGGACCCCUCAUCAUCAACCGACUCUGGCGAAUGCUCCGCGCGGCGGCCGCCGCCGCCCAACAGCCCCAACAGCAGCUCGCCGACGAGGAGCGCGAAGAAGCCCCCAUCUACGUCCAGGCCCUCUACGACUUUGUCGGCUCCGGCUCAGAGGGCGACCUUCAAUUCGGUAAAGGCGCCUUGAUCCGGGUCCUGCGAGCCGACCCCGACCAGGGCUGGUGGGAAGGAGAGACGGGCGGGCGAGUGGGCCUCUUCCCCGCCAACUUCGUGCAGCCAGUCUCCCGGCCACACGGCGCCGCAGACAACAACAAUAACGACGCCGCUGCACUGGGCAGCGCGUGGACGCCCGGAAGCAGCGCCGAACCCAUCCGCCUCCACCUCGGGGCUGACACGAAAAGCUUUUCGUGGAUUUCCCACGGUCGGUUGGUGGUGAACACGGGGGCGAGGGUUUGA